CGCCGCGAUGGCCAAGCAGCUCGGGCGGGACCAGCAGGGGAUCACCCUGCGGGGCAGCGCCGAGAUCGUCGCCGAGUUCUUCUCCUACGGGAUCAACAGCAUCCUCUACCAGCGGGGCAUCUACCCCCCCGAGACCUUCACCCGCGUCCAGAAGUACGGCCUCACCCUCCUCAUCACCACCGACCCCGAGCUGAAGAACUACCUCAACAACGUGGUGGAGCAGAUGAAAGAGUGGUUAUACAAGUGCAUUGUGCAGCGCUUGGUAGUGGUGAUCUCCAGUAUUGAAAACAACGAGGUUCUUGAGAGGUGGCAGUUUGACAUAGAAUGUGACAAAGCUGCAAAGGAUGAGAGUGCACCCCGAGAAAAAUCUCAGAAAGCUAUUCAGGAUGAAAUUCGAUCUGUUAUCAGACAAAUAACUGCCACAGUAACUUUUCUGCCUUUGUUGGAAACUGCAUGUGCCUUUGACUUGCUGAUUUACACAGAUAAAGACUUGGCAGUGCCAGAAAAGUGGGAAGAGUCAGGACCACAGUUCAUAGCCAAUUCAGAAGAGGUUCGUCUUCGCUCCUUCACCACCACAAUCCACAAAGUGAAUAGUAUGGUAGCUUACAAGAAGGAUUCAUUUCCUUAAGAUGUGCUUUUUGUCAUCUGUAUCCUGCCUGGUGUAGCUGCAAUGUGAAACUAAUGAACAGAAUCUUCUUAUUGUGGUUCACACAAGAGUAUAAUGCAGAAAGACAAAGCACUCGUCCAUGAUUACAGAUACUGGGCUGCCAUGCUAGUCUAAAUUGUCACCCUUUUCAAGAGGUAUAUAAAGGAUUUAACUAUCAUUAGAGACCACUUUCAUACUGAACAGUAUGCACUGAGUUAACAGUAUGUUAGGCUAUGCUGAAUUAGCUAGAGAUGCUAGCUAAAGGUAGGAUCAGUUGCUGGAACUGACUUAAGAUUUUCAAGUUACAGAACCUUAAAAUUAAUAUAUACUAUGUUUCAUUAGCAUUCUUGAAGUCUAUUGGCAUUUAAAAACCUUGCUCUUACACACCAGUUUUCCAUAGUGAAGGUCUGUUUUAUGGUAACACGAAAAGAAAUCCUAAUCAACAGAAAAUUUUAUGUAUAAAGUUACUUGUACUGAACCAUUGAAAGCAGCUGUUCAUCAGAAAAAAUCAAAUGCACAGAACUUGUGCAUAAAUGACUUUUCUGGACUAUGUAGUUUUGGGGCUGUUCAAGGUUGGUGUAUAUCUAUUUCUUCAGUGUCUGUCAAUUAUCUAUGUCUGUAUUUGUGUUUUUAUAGAAUAAAGCUUGAAAACUUG